GUAGUGAUGGCGACAACAACUCUGUAUUUACUGCUGUUUGUGUCAUUUGUAUCAGCGAGGGAGUUUACAGAUGCAGAAACAUCAAGUUUUCCUAAAUUAUUUCAUCUGGAUGACUACGAGCGAUGUCUAGCGAAGGAGGAUGGAGUAUAUUGUCUUGGCACCUUUGACCUAACACCGGCAAAACUACCACACGCUACUUACGAUUUAAUGAAGGCUUAUUCAGAUGAAUCAUAUCGUCAUUUUAAUCGAACGAAGAUUUAUCGCGGUUUCUGUUUGAGCGACAGAUGUUCCUCAACUGCAUUAGCACGCUUCCAAACUACGCUGGACCUAGGAAAAGACCCUGAGGAACUCUUCGAAAGAUGUACGGAUUUCUAUAUGCAAAAUGAAAACUUCCACGCUUCCCUACAAUCUUUGGACUACUGCCGAACUCAUGCCGACAUCAUCGAAGCAUCUGAAAGACCUCCAACUUCUGCAGAAGUGAUAUUCAAAAAUGUGGUAUAUGCCUUGGUAAUUGCUAACAUUGUGGGGACUAUUUAUGAUAACUAUGCUGGAGAUAAUCCUAACAAAAGCAAGCUUCUAUCUGCGUUCUCCAUACCAGCCAAUUGGCGUCGGCUUACGUUCAUCCGUGAAGGUGGAGAUCCUCGACAAGCUGCCUUGGUGCCCAUGGAGGGUCUAAGGGUGAUGGCGCUUGGAUUCACGACAUACGCUCACGCAAACGUCAUACAUUACAUGUUCCACAUCAAAAAUCCAGAAUAUUUGGAGGGGUUAACCCAAAGAGUGGACGGAGUGUACCUGUCAGACGGCACGUCCCUGAUACAAGCAUUCGUGAUGAUGACCUGCUUCCUCACCGGGUACAACCUGCUGAUUUACUCCCAGAAACAGGAGCUGGGCUUGCACAUGCUGCCGCUUUGUAUCAUUAAAAGACUUAUAAGAAUAACUCCUGUUCAUCUUUUGAUCGUCGGUUUUGGAGCAACCUGGUGGAUGAAUACAAGAGAUGGGCCCCUGGUCUCCACCACCAUAGGUCUAGAGAGCGAGGCUUGUACGACAAAGUUCUGGUCACAUGUAUUUUUGGUGAACAACAUUGUUGACUCUGACAAAUACUGCGUGGUUCCAACAUGGUUCUUACCUGUAAACAUGCAUAUGUAUAUCCUGGCGUGUACCCUCACAUUGUUGCUAUGGCGUCGACGGUGCUUUGCAGUGAGACUUUACUUGGUACUCUUCUUCGCUUCUUGUCUUCUGAACGGAUUCGUCGCGUAUAUGAAGGACUACAAAUCAAUGAUAUAUCUUUCCACACCUGAACAAAUCCGCAGAAUAUUCCGAGACACUCCAUCAUUUACUGAGUUCUACUUAUCUUCUUGGGGAGCACUGCCGGCGUGUUUCUUGGGUUUAAUUUUAGCUCAUAUUCAAUUUGCGCUGGACGAGAGGAAGAUCAAACUUUCUGAUUAUAAAUGGUUCGUCUACCUUCAUUACACGACAUUCCCCGUGACAUUCGUAUGGGCCCUAACUGGAGUAUAUGCGAGGUCGCAUUCUUCCGAUCUCUUCAAUGCUCUGUACAUGGCGUUCGACCGACCGAUGUUCUGCAUUCUUAUGUGCAUUGGUUUACUGGGAGCCUUCCAUAUUGACGGGCCAAUAAGAAAAUUCUACAGCUGGCGUGGCUGGCGAACAAUGGCCCGCAUGUCUUUGACAGUUAUGAUGCUGCACUGGUGCGUCGAUAUGACCAUCGCUAACAGAUCGGUCGCUUACGGAACUUCAGCGAUUGACAUGUUGGUGGACUGGUGCGCAACGAACUUAAUCACCUAUGUCCUCGCCGUACCAAUCACAGUUUUAGUGGAAAUUCCAAUGCAGAGGUUCAUAGAAGCGGUAAUUUUUUAACCAAU